GGAGAAAGACGGAGCCGGUGGAGGGCUGGGAGAAGCGGUUUCCCAGGCUUCCCGCAACUGGCAGAGCCCCAGGGCAGCCGGCUCAACAACGGAUCUCCCUUCAUUUUCAGCUAAAUCCCAUUCUUUGGCUGGAGAACCAAAUGGCCUCAAAUGAGACAGAUGCUAUAUCGUGGUAUCAGAAGAAGAUUGGUGCAUAUGAUCAGCAGAUAUGGGAAAAGUCCAUCGAGCAGACUCAGAUUAAGGGCUUCAAAAAUAAACCGAAAAAGAUGGGUCACAUAAAGCCAGACUUGAUUGAUGUCGACUUAAUCAGAGGCUCAACAUUUGCCAAAGCCAAACCCGAGAUUCCAUGGACAUCUCUGACCCGGAAGGGGCUGGUUCGAGUUGUGUUUUUCCCGUUGUUCAGCAGUUGGUGGAUUCAGGUCACCUCUCAGAGGAUCUUCAUUUGGCUGUUACUGCUUUACCUCAUGCAAGUUCUUGCAAUUGUGCUCUAUUUAAUGAUGCCUCUUGUGAACAUCAGCGAAGUACUUGGACCCUUGUGCCUUAUGCUGCUUAUGGGGACUGUCCACUGUCAGAUUGUGUCUACCCAGAUCGCCAAGCCUGCGGGCAGCAAUGGAAACCGACGAAGGAGAAAAUUACGGAAAACAGCGAAUGGCGAUGGGAACCGAGAAAAUGGGAAUAGCUCCUCUUCUGAUAGAGUCCGAGGAAUCGAGUCUUUGGGAUCUGUGCCCUUCAUUGGUGGGUUUUGGGGGACUCUCUUUGGCAACAGCAGGAGGAAGAAAGUAAAACUACUCACUAACCGAGGGACUGAAACUGAGAGUGAUGCCAGUUGUCUGCAUCCUAUCAUUAAGAAGCGAGAAUGCCAGCCAGAGGUUAGGAUGUGGCAAGGAAGGGAGCGAGCAAAAUUCUCGGACGGAGACAAGUCUCGCAAGGAGGCGUUUCGCUGCAUGAAUAACGGGGUCUCAGACGAUCUGUCGAGCGAGGAAGACGGCGAUGCCCUGACACAGAUGACUUUGCUGCGUAGGAGCGUGGAAGGCGCCUCGAGUGACAAUGGCUGUGAAGUUAAGAAUAGAAAGUCAAUUCUGUCCCGGCGCCUUGACUCUCAGGCAAAGAAAACCACUGCAAGGUGGUGUCAUCUGGUGCGGGAUUCAGAUAGCGUGGCUGACUCAGAAUUUGAAUCAGCAGCCUUCAGCCAGGGCUCUAGAUCCGGCAUGAACGGUGGCUCUCAGCACGUGAGCGUGGCGCGAAGGGACUCGGAGAGCACGCGGCAUGACUCGGAGACGGAGGACAUGCUGUGGGACGACCUGCUGCACGGCCCCGAGUGCCGGUCGUCUGCCACCAGUGACAGCGAGGGCGCCCACGUGCAGUCGCUUCACUCCGGGGCCAAGCGCCACUCCACGGAGGACGUCUUUCAGCAGAACCAUUUAUUCUGGCUCCAGAACUCGAGCCCUGCCUCUGACCGAGUUAGUGCGAUCAUCUGGGAAGGGAGCGAGUGCAAAAAGAUGGACAUGUCUGUGCUGGAGAUCAGCGGCGUCAUCAUGAGCAGGGUCAAUGCCUAUCAGCAAGGAGUGGGCUACCAGAUGCUGGGCAACGUCGUCACCGUCACGCUCGCCCUGUUUCCGUUUGUGCAUCGCCUCGUCCGCGAGAAGAGCCUUGACCAGCUGACGUCCGUGUCUGCCGAGGAGAUCCUGGCUCUCUUCUGUGGGGCGCCACCAGUUGUACCUAUUAUUGUUUUGUCCGCGAUCAACUUUUUUGAACGGCUGUGUCUUACGUGGAUGUUUUUUUUUAUGAUGUGUGUGGCCGAGAGAACAUAUAAACAGAGAUUUUUAUUUGCAAAACUCUUCAGUCAUAUUACGUCUGCCAGGAAAGCCAAGAAAUAUGAAAUACCUCAUUUCAGACUUAAAAAGGUGGAGAACAUUAAGAUAUGGUUAUCACUUCGUUCCUAUCUAAAGAGGCGGGGCCCGCAGCGCUCGGUCGACGUGGUUGUGUCCUCGGUCUUCCUGCUGACGCUUUCCAUUGCUUUCAUCUGCUGUGCGCAGGUUCUCCAAGGACAUAAAACGUUCCUUAAUGAUGCUUAUAAUUGGGAGUUUUUGAUCUGGGAAACAGCUUUACUGCUUUUCCUGCUGCGCCUGGCCUCGCUGGGGUCUGAAACCAAUAAGAAAUACAGCAACGUUUCCAUAUUACUCACUGAACAGAUUAAUUUAUAUCUUAAGAUGGAAAAGAAGCCAAAUAAGAAGGAACAGCUCACCCUCGUAAAUAACGUAUUAAAGUUAUCUACCAAGUUGUUGAAAGAGCUGGACACGCCCUUUAGACUCUAUGGAUUGACAAUGAACCCCUUAAUCUACAACAUCACGCGUGUAGUGAUCCUUUCUGCUGUCUCCGGGGUUAUUAGUGAUCUUCUGGGAUUUAAUAUAAGACUGUGGAAGAUUAAAUCCUAAGUGGAGCCUUGGUGGCAUUGAUGCCCAGGCAGGAGAGAGGUGGCUGCAGAGACGAGUGCCAAGAUCUGCCUGCUUGGUCCUGGGCAGAGGUACCCUACACCCACCUAAGGGGGGUCCACAGGACCAGUCUCUCUUCCAACUGGGGGUGCAUACUGGAGGCACGCCGUGGUUUAAAAUCGUACAGCGUGUCAGAAGACUGAGCGCUACAGCCACACAGACGAACACUUUUUUUGAAGUGGGGAAAUGUAACCUGGGCGAUGGGGUGCGGGCACCUUGACAGGGACCUCGUUUUGAGUAACCAAAGCCACUGCCCGAACACAAAGCAACGAUCCUCUGUUGGAAGUCGUCAGACCCAACGCUUUCAUCGCGAGCCUGUGGAGUUGGAGAUUUUGUUUCUCUAGCUGAGCGAGGUCCAUUUUAAACUAUUCUAGCUUAAAUCCAAAUAAAAGAACUCCACUGGA